AUGACGAUUCCCUCGGACGUCAGACUGGAGUAUAUGGAGAGUGUCACUUCCCUCAUCCUGAAGUUCAAGCCGGACAAAUGGAGUAAAAUGAUUGGGAUGGAAGAGAACAUGGCUUUGUUCACCGACUUCUUCGAGAAGCCAGAUGUUCUGGUUCUGGUGUUGACGCUCAACCCUGCCGGCAUGAUCAUACCCUGCCUGGGCUUCCCGGCCUCCCUCAAGUCCAAAGGGGUGUACUUCGUCAAAAAGAGGCCUGAGAACAUCGGCAAGGACAACUACAAGGAACGCCUGGUCUACGGGGACAUGAGCCCCACGCCUGUGGACCAGCUGAUCGCCACUGUGGAGGAGGUCCUCUACUCCCUGUUAAACCAAAGUGAAAACAUGAGCGGCUGGCCCAGCGUGGUCUCAGAGGACAUUGUGAAGCAAGUCCACAAGCUGAAGAACGAGAUGUUUGUGAUGAGUGGCAAGAUCAAGGGGAAGACCCUGCUGCCCAUCCCGGAGCACCUGGGCAGUCUGGAUGGCACGCUGGAGUCCAUGGAGAGGAUCCCCUCCUCCCUGGACAACUCGCUGCUGCACGCCAUCGAGACCAUCAUCAUUGACUGGUCCCACCAGAUCCGGGACGUGCUGAGCAAGGACUCGGCCCAGGCCCUGCUGGACGGGCUGCACCCCCUGCCCCGAGUCGAGUUCGAGUUCUGGGAUGCCCGGCUGAUGAACCUCAAGUACAUCUACGAGCAGCUCAAUAGGCCCAAAGUGAAUAAAAUAGUUGAGAUCCUGGAAAAAGCCAAAAGUUGCUACUGGCCAGCCCUGCAAAACGUGUACACGAAUGUCACCGAAGGCCUGAAGGAAGCCAGUGAUAUCGUUCUGUACCUGAAGCCCCUGAGGAUCCUGCUGGAGGAGAUGGAACAGGCCGACUUCACGGCGCUCCCAACCUUCAUCACCAAGGUGCUAUACACCAUCUGCUUCAUCUGGGCCACCUCCGAGCACUACAAUACACCCUCCAGGAUCAUUGUCAUACUGCAGGAGUUCUGCAACCAGCUCAUCGACAUGACGCGGACCUUCCUGAGCCCUGAGGAGGUGCUGAAAGGCCUGCAGGGGGAAAUUGAGGAGGUUCUGAUCGGCAUCUCUCUGUCCGUGAAUGUCCUGAAGGAGCUGUACCGGGCCUACGACUUCUGUUGUGCAAACAUGAAGCUUUUCUUCAAGAACAACAAGGAGCCGGUGCCUUGGGAAUUCCCUUCUUCUCUUGCCUUUUCCAGAAUAAAUUCCUUCUUCCGCCGCGUCCAGACCAUCGAGGAUCUUUAUAAAACAGCCAUCGAGUUUCUGAAGCUGGAGAAGAUUGAGCUCGGGGGCGUGAGGGGAAACAUUCUCGGAAGCCAGGUGGCCCAGAUCUAUGACGAGGUCUUCGAGCUGGUGAAGGUUUUCGCCGACUGCAAAUAUGAUCCCCUGGACCCCGGAGAUUCGAGUUUUGAUGAUGACUACGCUGAUUUCGAGACCAAAAUUCAAGAUCUGGAUAGGAGGCUGGCCACCAUCUUCUGCCAAGGGUUUGAUGACUGCAAUUCUAUUGAGUCCAGUGCAAAGCUUCUGCACAUGUGUGGGGGCCUCUUGGAACGGCCUCUGAUUCUCACUGAGGUGGUGCCCAGGUACUCGGUCAUGCUGGAGCUGUUUGACACUGAGCUGGACAACACCAAGAUCCUGUAUGACGCCCAGAUCGCGGCCUCAGCAGACGGCAACAUCCCCCCCAUUCACAAAAACAUGCCCCCCGUGGCCGGACAGCUCAAGUGGAGCCUGGAGCUGCAGGAGAGGCUGGAGGCGCCCAUGAGGGACCUCAAGCACAUCGACCACCCGGUCAUGUCCAGUGUGGAGGCCAAGCUAAUCUACCAGAAAUAUGAUGAGAUGAUGGAGCUGCUGAGAAGCUACCGCGAGAGGAUCUACCAGCAGUGGGUGGCGGGGGUGGACAAGGACUGCCACUUCAACCUGGGGCAGCCCCUGAUCCAGCGGGACCCUGUCACCAAUCUCAUCCGGGUCAACUUCAGCAAAGCGUUGGUGGCUGUGCUGAGAGAGGUCAAGUACCUGAGCUUUCAGCAGCAGCAGGACAUCCCCAGGAGCGCCGAGAACCUGUUCUCCCAGCACGAAACCUUCCGGAAGUUCGUGGGCAACUUGGAGCUCGUUGUUGGCUGGUACAAUGAGAUAAAGACCACCGUGAAGGACGUAGAAUUUCCACUGAUAAAGUCAGAAUUGGAAGCAAUCGAUGUCAAAUUAUUGAAUGCUGAGACGACACUGUUCUGGAAUGGCGAAGGUGUGUUUGAAUAUAUUCAAGAGAUGCGAGAAAUUCUCCACAACUUGCAGAACAGAAUACAAAAAGCAAAGCAAAACGUAGAGGGGAUUUCCCAGGCCAUGAAGGACUGGUCAGCCAACCCGAUGUUUGAAAGGAAGGACAAUAAGAAAGAGGCUCUGUUAGACUUGGACGGGAGGGUGGCCAACCUCAGCAAGCGCUACGCCGCAGUCAAGGAUGCUGGCCUGAAGAUCCAGGCCAUGGUUGCGGAAAAUGCAGAACUCUUCAGAGCGGAUACGACAAGCCAGUCCUGGAAGGAUUACGUCAACUACAUUGACAGCAUGGUCUUAGAUGAAUUUGACCAAUUCAUUCGCAAGUCUCUAAGUUACCUGAUGGACAACAUGGUUGCAGAUGAGAGCGUCGCGCCGCUGUUCGAGGUCCGCAUGGAGCUGGAGGAGGACGGACUGGUCUUCAAUCCAUCCCUGGAGGUGGGCGGGGACCGAGGCUUCCUGGCGCUGAUCGGGAGCCUGGUCACCGACAUCUACAACGCAGCCAAGCUCAUCCCCAGACUGGCCAAGGGCAGGAUGCACUAUAAGACCGACCUGGAAGACAUGACGGACCUCAUAGAGAUGCGGGAGGAGAUUUCCAACCUGGUCAUCAGUGCCAUGAAGGAGGCCGAGGAGUACCAGGACUCCUUCGAGCGCUACUCCUACCUGUGGACGGACGACCCCCAGGAGUUCAUGAAGAACUUCCUCACUUACGGGUGCGCCAUCAGCCGGGAGGACCUGGACGGCCACCCUGAGGAGACCCUCCCCAAGACGCCGCCCACCCUCGCCCAGUUCCAGCAGCAGAUCGACUCCUACGAGAAGCUGUACGAGGAGGUGUCCAAGUGCGACAACACCAAGGUGUUCAACGGCUGGCUGCAGUGUGACUGCCGCCCCUUCAAGCAGGCCCUCCUCAACACCAUCAAGCGCUGGAGCCUCAUGUUCAAGCGGCACCUGAGCAACCACGUCAUCAGCAGCCUCGCGGACCUGGAAGCCUUCAUGAAAGUUGCCAGGAUGGGCUUAACGAAGCCCGUUAAGGAGGGGGAUUAUGAAGGCCUCGUGGAAGUGAUGGGGCAUCUGAUGAGGGUCAAGGAGAGGCAGACGGCCACGGACAACAUGUUUGAGCCUCUGAAGCAGACCAUCGAGCUGCUCAAGUCCUACGGGGAGGAGAUGCCCGAGGAGACGCACGUGAAGCUGCAGGAACUGCCAGAGCAGUGGACAAACACCAAGAAGCUGGCCAUCCAGGUGAAGCAGAACGUGUCGCCCCUGCAGGCCAACGAGGUCAGCAUCCUGAGGCGGAAGUGCCAGCAGUUUGAGCUCAAGCAGCACGAGUUCAGAGAGAGGUUCAGACAAGAAGCCCCGUUCACCUUCAGCGACCCCGACCCCUACAAGUCCCUCAGUAAGCAACAAAAGAGCAUCGCGGCCAUGGAGAGCAUCAUGGAGGCGCUGUGCAAGUCCGGGAGCCUCUUCGAGGUCAGCGUCCCGGACUACAAGCAGCUUAAGGCUUGUCACAAAGAGGUCCGCCUGCUGAAGGAGCUCUGGGACAUGAUCAUCAUGGUCAACACCAGCUUCGACGCCUGGAAGACCACCAAGUGGAAGGACAUCAACGUGGAGCAGAUGGACAUAGACUGUAAGAAGUUUGCCAAGGAUGUGAGGUCCCUGGACAAGGAGAUGAAGAGCUGGGAUGCCUUCGUGGGGCUGGACAACACCGUGAAGAACAUGAUCACGUCCCUGCGCGCCGUGAGCGAGCUGCAGAACCCCGCCAUCCGGGACCGCCACUGGCAGCAGCUCAUGCAGGCCACCCAGGUGAAAUUUGAAAUGUCAGAUGAGACCACCCUGGCAGAUUUACUCCAGCUGAACCUACACAAAUACGAGGAUGAGGUCCGAAACAUUGUCGACAAGGCCGUGAAGGAGUCUGGGAUGGAAAAGGUGCUGAAAGCCCUGGACAGCACCUGGUCCACCAUGGAGUUCGAGCACGAGCCGCACCCACGGACGGGCACCAUGAUGCUCAAGUCAGACGAGGUGCUGGUGGAGACGCUGGAGGAUAACCAGGUGCAGCUGCAGAACCUGAUGAUGUCCAAGUACCUGUCCCACUUCCUGAAGGAGGUGACCAGCUGGCAGCAGAAGCUGUCCACGGCGGACUCGGUCAUCUCCAUCUGGUUCGAGGUCCAGAGAACCUGGAGCCACCUGGAGAGCAUCUUCAUCGGUUCUGAAGACAUCCGCGCCCAGCUGCCGGAGGACUCCAAGAGCUUUGAUAACAUCGACGUGGAGUUCAAGGCCCUGAUGGAAGACGCGGUGAAAACACCCAAUGUGGUCGAAGCUACCAACAAGCCUGGCCUCUACGACAAACUUGAGGACCUGAAGAAGAGGUUGGCUGUGUGCGAAAAGGCCUUGGCUGAAUAUUUAGAGACAAAAAGACUGGCUUUCCCCAGGUUCUACUUUGUCUCUUCAGCUGACCUCCUGGACAUUCUCUCCAACGGAAAUGACCCCGUGGAGGUGAGCCGCCAUCUGUCCAAGCUCUUUGACAGCCUGUGUAAACUGAAGUUCCGCCUGGACGCCAGUGGGAAGCCGCUUAAGUUCGGCCUGGGCAUGUACAGCAAGGAAGACGAGUAUGUGGACUUUGACCAGGAGUGCGACCUCUCAGGGCAGGUAGAGGUCUGGCUGAACCGGGUGCUGGACAGGAUGUGCGCCACGCUCCGCCACGAGAUCCCCGAGGCUGUGGUGACCUAUGAGGAGAAACCGAGGGAGCAGUGGAUCUUUGACUACCCCGCCCAGAUCGCGCUCACAUGCACCCAAAUCUGGUGGACCACCGAGGUGGGCUUGGCGUUUGCCCGGCUGGAGGAAGGCUACGAAAAUGCCGUCAAAGAUUACAACAAGAAGCAGAUCAGCCAGCUGAACGCGCUCAUCACCCUGCUCAUUGGGAACCUCAGCGCAGGGGACAGAAUGAAGAUCAUGACCAUCUGCACCAUCGACGUCCACGCCCGGGACGUGGUGGCCAAGAUGAUCACCGCCAAGGUGGAGAGCUCCCAGGCCUUCACCUGGCAGUCCCAGCUGCGGCACCGCUGGGACGAGGAGCGGAAGCACUGCUUUGCCAACAUCUGCGACGCCCAGAUCCAGUAUUCAUAUGAGUACCUGGGCAACACGCCACGGCUGGUCAUCACCCCACUCACGGACAGAUGCUACAUAACCUUGACCCAGUCCCUCCAUCUGAUCAUGGGCGGAGCUCCUGCUGGCCCCGCCGGGACUGGCAAGACCGAGACGACCAAGGACCUGGGCAGAGCCCUGGGCACCAUGGUCUACGUCUUCAACUGCUCUGAGCAGAUGGACUACAAGUCCUGCGGAAAUAUCUACAAGGGCCUGGCCCAGACCGGAGCCUGGGGCUGCUUCGACGAGUUUAAUCGGAUCUCCGUGGAGGUCUUGUCCGUGAUCGCUGUACAGGUAAAAUGUGUCCAAGAUGCGAUUCGGGCCAAGAAGAAAACGUUUAAUUUCCUGGGAGAAAUGAUAAGUCUCAUCCCCACUGUCGGGAUCUUCAUCACCAUGAACCCGGGGUAUGCUGGGCGCACGGAGCUGCCGGAGAACUUAAAGGCCUUGUUCAGGCCCUGCGCCAUGGUGGUCCCCGACUUUGAACUGAUAUGUGAGAUCAUGCUGGUGGCCGAGGGCUUUCUGGAGGCCCGCCUUCUGGCCAGGAAGUUCAUCACACUCUACACCUUGUGCAAAGAGCUGCUGUCAAAGCAGGAUCACUACGACUGGGGCCUGCGAGCCAUCAAGUCUGUGCUGGUGGUCGCCGGCUCCCUGAAGAGGGGCGACCCCAGCCGGGCAGAGGACCAAGUGCUGAUGAGGGCACUCAGGGACUUCAACAUCCCCAAGAUCGUCACCGACGACCUGCCCGUGUUCAUGGGGCUCAUCGGGGACCUCUUCCCUGCCCUGGAUGUGCCUCGGAAACGGGACCUGAAUUUUGAGAAGGUCAUCAAGCAGAGCAUCAUGGAGCUCCAGCUGCAGGCAGAGGACAGCUUCGUGCUGAAGGUGGUGCAGCUGGAGGAGCUGCUGCAGGUCCGGCAUUCAGUGUUUGUCAUCGGGAACGCGGGCAGCGGCAAGUCCCAGGUGCUCAGGUCUCUGAACAAGACCUACCAGAACUUGAAGAGGAAGCCGGUGGCCGUGGACUUGGACCCCAAGGCUGUCACCUGUGACGAACUCUUUGGCAUCAUCAACCCGGCAACCAGGGAGUGGAAAGAUGGCCUCUUCUCCACCAUCAUGCGGGACCUGGCCAACAUCACUCACGACGGCCCCAAGUGGAUCGUGCUCGAUGGAGACAUAGACCCCAUGUGGAUCGAGUCUCUCAACACCGUCAUGGACGACAACAAGGUCCUCACCCUGGCCAGCAAUGAGCGGAUCCCCCUGAACCGCACCAUGCGGCUGGUGUUCGAGAUCAGCCACCUGAGGACGGCCACGCCGGCCACUGUCUCCAGAGCCGGCAUCCUGUACAUCAACCCUGCCGACCUGGGCUGGAACCCGGUGGUGAGCAGCUGGAUCGAGAGGCGCAAGGUGCAGUCAGAGAAGGCCAACCUGAUGAUCCUCUUCGACAAGUACCUGCCCACCUGCCUGGACAAGCUCCGCUUCGGGUUUAAGAAGAUCACGCCGGUGCCUGAGAUCACCAUCACCCAGAUGAUCCUCUACCUGCUUGAGUGCCUCCUCACCGAGAAGAACACACCCCCCGACUCCGCCAAGGAGCUCUACGAGCUCUACUUCGUGUUCGCCUGCUUCUGGGCCUUCGGGGGGGCCAUGUUCCAGGACCAGCUUGUAGAUUAUCGGGUCGAGUUCAGCAGGUGGUGGAUCAACGAAUUUAAGACGAUCAAGUUCCCUUCGCAGGGGACGGUCUUCGACUACUACAUAGACCCUGACACCAAGAAGUUCCUGCCGUGGACAGAAAAAGUGCCCGCCUUCGAGCUGGACCCUGACGUCCCGCUGCAGGCCUCGCUGGUGCACACCACGGAAACCAUCCGCAUCCGCUACUUCAUGGACCUGCUCAUGGAGAAGUCGUGGCCGGUCAUGCUGGUGGGGAACGCAGGGACGGGCAAGUCGGUGCUGAUGGGGGACAAGCUGGACAGCCUGAGCACCGACGACUACCUGGUGCAGGCCGUGCCCUUCAACUUCUACACGACCUCGGCCAUGCUGCAGGGGGUUCUCGAAAAGCCGCUGGAGAAGAAGUCAGGGCGGAACUAUGGACCGCCAGGCACCAAAAAGCUGAUCUACUUCAUUGACGACAUGAACAUGCCCGAGGUGGACAAGUACGGGACGGUGGCCCCCCACACCCUCAUCCGGCAACACAUGGACCAUGGGCACUGGUACGACCGACAGAAGCUGACGCUGAAAGACGUCCACAACUGUCAGUACGUGGCGUGCAUGAACCCCACUGCCGGCUCCUUCACCAUCGACCCCAGGCUUCAGCGCCACUUCUGCGUGUUUGCAGUGAGCUUCCCGGGCCAGGAGGCCCUCAUGAGCAUCUACAGCACCAUCCUGAGCCAGCACCUGUCCUACCGUUCGGCACCCUUUGCGGUCCAGAAGAUGAGCAGCCACCUGGUGGCCUCCGCCCUGGCCCUGCACCAGAAAGUGACAUCAACGUUUCUUCCCACGGCCAUUAAGUUUCAUUAUGUUUUCAACCUCAGGGACCUCUCCAAUAUUUUCCAGGGGCUCCUGUUCUCCACCGCAGAGAUCCUGAAAUUCCCACUGGACCUCGUCCGCCUCUGGCUGCAUGAGGCCGAACGUGUGUAUGGUGACAAGAUGGUGGACGAGAAGGACCAGGACACGCUGCGCAGGGUCACCAUCGCUUCCACCAAGAAGUUCUUUGACGAUCUCGGUGAUGAGCUCCUAUUCGCCAAACCAAACGUCUUCUGCCACUUUGCUCACGGGAUUGGAGACCCCAAAUACCUGCCGGUUACUGACCUGGCUCCUCUGAACAAGCUCCUGGUGGAAGUCCUGGACAGUUACAACGAGGUCAAUGCGGUCAUGAACCUGGUGCUGUUCGAGGACGCAGUGGCCCACAUCUGCAGGAUCAACCGCAUCCUGGAGUCCCCGCGGGGCAACGCCCUGCUGGUGGGGGUGGGCGGCAGCGGCAAGCAAAGCCUCUCCCGCCUGGCCGCGUACAUCAGCGCCCUGGACGUGUUCCAGAUCACCCUCAAGAAGGGCUACGGGAUCCCAGACCUCAAGCUCGACCUUGCUGCCCAGUACAUCAAGUCAGCCGUGAAGAACGUUCCCUCAGUGUUCCUGAUGACCGACUCCCAGGUGGCUGAGGAGCCGUUCCUGGUGCUGAUCAACGACCUGCUGGCCUCGGGGGAGAUCCCGGGGCUGUUCAUGGAUGAUGAGGUGGAGAACAUCAUCUCCUCCAUGCGGCCGCAGGUGAAGUCCCUCGGCCUGACAGACACCCGGGAGGUGUGCUGGAAGUUCUUCAUUGACAAAGUGCGCAGGAACCUGAAGGUGAUCCUGUGUUUCUCCCCCGUGGGCUCCGUCCUGCGAGUGAGGGCACGAAAAUUCCCCGCUGUGGUCAACUGCACGGCCAUCAACUGGUUCCACGAGUGGCCGGAGGACGCCCUGGUGUCCGUCAGCGCGCGCUUCCUUGAGGACACGGAGGGGAUUCAGCCGGAAGUCAAGGCCUCCAUCAGCCUCUUCAUGUCCUACGUGCACACGACUGUCAACGAGAUGUCCAAGGUGUACCUGGCCACCGAGAGGCGCUACAACUACACCACGCCCAAAACCUUCCUGGAGCAGAUCAAGCUGUACCAGAACCUGCUGGCCAAGAAGAGGAUGGAGCUGGUCGCCAAGAUCGAGAGGCUGGAGAACGGGCUGAUGAAGCUGCAGAGCACGGCCUCUCAGGUGGACGACUUAAAAGCGAAGCUGGCGGUUCAGGAGGCAGAGCUCAAGCAGAAAAAUGAGAACGCGGACAAGCUGAUCCACGUGGUGGGCGUGGAGACGGAGAAAGUCAGCAAGGAGAAAGCCAUUGCUGACGAGGAGGAGAUCAAGGUGGAGGUCAUCAACAAGAAUGUCACCGAGAAACAAAAGGCCUGUGAAACGGACCUGGCCAAGGCAGAGCCAGCCCUGCUGGCCGCGCAAGAGGCCCUUGACACCCUGAACAAGAACAACCUGACAGAGCUGAAGUCCUUCGGGUCCCCUCCGGAUGCCGUGGUCAAUGUCACGGCCGCUGUGAUGAUUCUGACUGCACCUGGGGGCAAGAUCCCCAAGGACAAAAGCUGGAAAGCUGCGAAAAUCAUGAUGGGCAAAGUGGACACCUUCCUGGACUCCUUGAAAAAGUUCGACAAGGAGCACAUCCCCGAGGCCUGCCUGAAAGCGUUCAAGCCCUACCAAGGCAACCCGACCUUUGACCCCGAGUUCAUCCGCUCCAAGUCCACGGCUGCCGCGGGCCUGUGCUCCUGGUGCAUUAACAUCGUCCGCUUCUACGAGGUCUACUGCGACGUGGCCCCCAAGAGGCAGGCCCUGGAGGAGGCCAACGCCGAGCUGGCCGAGGCCCAGGAGAAGCUCUCCCGCAUCAAGAACAAGAUUGCUGAACUCAACGCCAACCUAAGCAACUUGACAUCGGCAUUUGAGAAAGCGACGGCCGAGAAGAUCAAGUGCCAGCAGGAGGCUGACGCUACCAAUAGGGUGAUCUCGCUGGCUAACAGGCUAGUGGGAGGACUGGCGUCAGAAAACGUCCGCUGGGCCGAGUCAGUGGAGAGCUUCAAAAGCCAGGGCGUCACGCUGUGUGGGGACGUCCUGCUGAUCUCUGCCUUCGUCUCCUACGUGGGCUACUUCACCAAGAAAUACCGCAACGAGCUGAUGGAGAGGUUUUGGAUCCCUUACAUAAACCAUUUAAAGGUCCCAGUCCCUAUCACGAAGGGUCUGGACCCCUUGACCCUGCUGACUGACGACGCGGAUGUGGCCUCCUGGAACAACCAGGGGCUCCCCAGCGACCGAAUGUCCACGGAGAACGCCACCAUCCUGUGCAACACGGAGCGCUGGCCCCUCAUCGUGGAUGCCCAGCUGCAGGGCAUCAAGUGGAUCAAAAACAAAUACAGCAGCGAGCUGAAGGCCAUCCGCCUGGGACAGAAGAGCUACCUGGACACCAUCGAGCAGGCCAUCUCGGAGGGGGACACCUUGCUUAUCGAGAACAUUGGCGAGACCAUCGACCCGGUUCUGGACCCUCUGCUGGGCAGGAACACGAUCAAAAAGGGAAAGUACAUUAAGAUCGGAGACAAGGAGGUGGAGUACCACCCGAACUUCCGUCUGAUCUUGCACACCAAGUACUUCAACCCCCACUACAAGCCCGAGAUGCAGGCCCAGUGCACCCUGAUCAACUUCCUGGUCACCAGGGACGGGCUGGAGGACCAGCUCUUGGCCGCCGUGGUGGCGAAGGAGCGCCCGGACCUGGAGCAGCUUAAGGCGAAUCUCACCAAGUCCCAGAAUGAAUUUAAGAUUGUUCUGAAAGAGCUGGAAGAUUCUCUGCUGGCCCGGCUGUCGGCUGCAUCCGGGAACUUCCUGGGAGACACUGCCUUAGUGGAGAACCUGGAGACCACCAAACACACGGCGAGUGAGAUUGAGGAGAAGGUACAAGAGGCAAAAAUCACAGAAGUUAAAAUCAACGAGGCGAGAGAGAACUACCGGCCGGCCGCGGCGAGGGCGUCCCUGCUGUACUUCAUCCUGAACGACCUCAACAAGAUCAACCCCAUCUACCAGUUCUCACUCAAGGCCUUCAAUGUGGUGUUCGAGAAGGCCAUCCAGAAGACGACACCCGCCGACGAGGUCAAACAGCGUGUGAUUAACCUGACAGACGAGAUCACCUACUCGGUGUUCAUGUACACGGCCCGCGGGCUCUUUGAGCGGGACAAGCUCAUCUUCCUCGCACAGGUGGCAUUUCAGGUCUUGUCCAUGAAGAAGGAGCUGAACCCGGUGGAGCUGGACUUCCUCCUGCGGUUCCCGUUCAAGGCCGGGGUCGUGUCGCCCGUGGACUUCCUGCAACACCAGGGCUGGGGCGGCAUUAAGGCCCUCUCGGAGAUGGAUGAGUUCAAGAACCUAGACAACGACAUCGAGGGGUCUGCCAAGCGGUGGAAGAAGCUGGUGGAGUCGGAAGCCCCGGAAAAGGAGGUCUUCCCCAAGGAGUGGAAGAACAAGACGGCGCUGCAGAAGCUGUGCAUGGUGCGGUGCAUGAGGCCUGACCGCAUGACCUACGCCGUCAAGAACUUUGUGGAGGAGAAGAUGGGCAGCAAGUUCGUGGAGGGCCGGAGCGUUGAGUUCUCCAAGUCCUACGAGGAAAGCAGCCCCUCCACCCCCAUCUUCUUCAUCCUCUCCCCCGGGGUCGACCCCCUGAAGGACGUGGAAGCCCUGGGGAAAAAGCUGGGAUUUACCAUAGACAACGGGAAACUCCAUAACGUGUCCCUGGGGCAGGGACAAGAGGUGGUGGCCGAGAACGCCCUGGAUGUAGCUGCGGAGAACGGACACUGGGUUAUCCUGCAGAACAUCCACCUGGUGGCCCGGUGGCUGAGCACCCUGGACAAGAAGCUUGAGCGGCACAGCGCCGGCAGCCACGAAGACUACCGAGUGUUCAUCAGCGCCGAGCCGGCCCCCAGCCCCGAGAGCCACAUCAUCCCCCAGGGCAUCCUGGAAAACGCCAUCAAGAUCACCAACGAGCCGCCCACGGGCAUGUACGCCAACCUGCACAAGGCCCUGGACCUCUUCACGCAGGACACGCUGGAGAUGUGCACCAAGGAGAUUGAGUUCAAGUGCAUCCUCUUCGCCCUGUGCUACUUCCACGCCGUGGUGGCCGAGAGGCGCAAGUUCGGGGCCCAGGGCUGGAACCGGUCGUACCCCUUCAACAACGGGGACCUCACCAUCUCCAUCAACGUGCUCUACAACUACCUGGAGGCCAACCCCAAGGUGCCCUGGGACGACCUCCGCUACCUCUUCGGGGAGAUCAUGUACGGCGGCCACAUCACCGACGACUGGGACCGCCGGCUCUGCAGGACCUACCUGGCAGAGUACAUCCGGGUGGAGAUGCUGGAGGGGGAGAUCCUGCUGGCCCCGGGCUUUCAGAUCCCCCCCAACCUGGACUACAAGGGCUACCACGAAUACAUCGACGAGAACCUGCCCCCCGAGAGCCCCUACCUGUACGGCCUGCACCCCAACGCGGAGAUCGGCUUCCUGACGGUCACCUCGGAGAAGCUGUUCCGCACUGUCCUGGAGAUGCAGCCCAAGGAGACAGACUCGGGGGCUGGCACCGGGGUCUCCCGCGAGGAGAAGGUAAAGGCUGUGCUGGAUGAGAUCCUGGAGAAGAUUCCGGAGACGUUCAACAUGGCCGAGAUUAUGGCCAAAGCCGCCGAGAAGACCCCCUACGUGGUGGUCGCCUUCCAGGAAUGCGAGAGGAUGAACAUCCUGACCAAUGAAAUGCGCCGCUCGCUGAAGGAGCUGAACCUGGGGCUGAAGGGGGAACUGACCAUCACAACUGACAUGGAGGACCUGUCCACAGCCCUGUUCUAUGACACCGUGCCCGACUCCUGGGUGGCCCGGGCCUACCCCUCCAUGAUGGGCCUGGCGGCCUGGUACGCUGACCUGCUGCUCCGCAUCAGGGAGCUCGAGGCCUGGACCACGGACUUCGCGCUGCCCACCACCGUGUGGCUGGCCGGCUUCUUCAACCCCCAGUCUUUCCUCACUGCCAUCAUGCAGUCCAUGGCCAGGAAGAACGAGUGGCCGCUGGACAAGAUGUGUCUGUCUGUGGAGGUGACCAAGAAGAACCGGGAGGACAUGACCGCGCCCCCCCGAGAGGGCUCCUACGUCUACGGGCUCUUCAUGGAAGGAGCUCGCUGGGACAUCCAGACCGGAGUCAUCGCCGAAGCGCGGCUGAAAGAGCUGACGCCAGCCAUGCCGGUCAUCUUCAUCAAGGCCAUCCCUGUGGACCGCAUGGAGACCAAGAACAUCUAUGAGUGUCCCGUGUACAAAACGCGCAUCCGCGGUCCCACCUACGUCUGGACCUUUAACCUGAAGACCAAGGAGAAGGCAGCGAAGUGGAUCCUAGCGGCUGUGGCGCUGCUCCUCCAGGUCUAGCUGGAGAGAGGCCCACGCUGCCCUGGGCCAGGUCCUGACUGCAACUUCAGACUCACAGUUGGGAUCCCAGUCUUGUAACUGUCUUUUAUUCUCACAGGAACUGAUGGCUGCUUUUUGUUCUCCUAAAUAAUUGAGGCACUUCACAAGCACAUCUGGACUCAUCAGAGAGGGGGUGGAUAGGAUUAAAACAAUGAAGCUACUGAGCCAGGCUUGUCUGAUUCACUUGAGCUGGCCUUCAGCUCGGCGCCUGAUGGCCACCAGGGGCCUGGCACAGGCCUGGGGGUGAGGCCCCGAUUCCCAGCAGCCGGAGGAACAUCCCAGGAACCAAACCCCCAAAGCCUGACUUCCUACUGGGGCUGCUGGCUUAAUCUUCCCCCACCAGUGGCCUGGAGGGUUAGAGCUGGAGGCAGUCACACCCUUGGGCCUGAUGCUACAUGUAAACACCCACCACUAAGGGACCAGGGAGUUCUGUUCCUGUAUAAACAGGAGCUGCCACCUCCACAGGCACUGUCCCCUAAAGCAUUCUUGCUUCUCUGAAGGAAGGAAACCUCCCUCGGUUAUGGUAAUGCCUCCUCCCUGCCCCAGAAAUCUGAAAAACAAACUGCUUCCAAAGAGGGGCCAUUUCCAUGCACCUCAAGUACUUCCCUGUCAACUGCCUACUUUCUGAGAUUGCUGGGAACCGGAGGGACCACUUUGAACACAAUAAACCUGCUCAGUUCUGGGCAGCGUCUUCGUUGUCUUUCAGCUCCCGCCCUUCUCCCCAACAGUUCUCACUUACUGCCACCAAAACAGACUUUAAAGCAAAGUCUAUAAUAGACAAGGGCAUCAUAUAAUAAAGGGAUCAAUACAAGAAGAUGUAACCCUCAUUACAGAAGCACCUGAACAUAUAAAGCAAAUGUUAACGCAUGCAAAGGGAGAAACGGACUUCCACACCCAUUUAGAACAAAGAACAGAUCACCCAGAAAAAUCAGAAGGGAACAGCCUGUCUCAAAUGACACAUCAGGCCAGCUGGACUCUCUAGAUAACUAGCACACAUUCCAUCCAACAACAAUGCACACUCUUUUCAAGCGCACGUGGAAUGUUCACCAGGAGGCAUCACGUGCUAGGAAGGAGAUCAGGAAAUACCUGGAGACAACGAAAAUAAAAACACAACUUUCCAACAUCUGUGGGAUAAAGCAAAACCAGUUCUAAGACUUCCAGGAGAUCCCAGUAAUACAGGCCUACCUCAAGAAAUAACAGAAAUGUCACACAACCUAACCCACCCACCAUCUAGGAAUCAAAAUCAGAAAAUGAAGGACAGACACCCAAGUCAGCAGAAGAGGGCUGGCUACUCAGCGGCCAAGAAACCUUGGGGUGAGUGUGUCCUCGGGCACUGCCACCCGGGCUGAGCAUGGCAGUGGGCACCAGGAAGGCCAGGGCCCCCAGCCCCCCUGUGCUUCUGGCACAGGAGACAAGGUUCAGGAAAGGUGCCCCCCCCAUGCCCUCCACACACAGCCUUGCCCACAAGCCAGCAGGGAAGGGACGAGAGGCGGCCCGUCUCAUCGCACCCUGGGCUCCAAGGGGCACAGGUGGCCGCCCGGGUGCUGCUCCUGGAGCUGCCCCGGGGAAGGCUCCUGAUGGCUGGGGGACAGUGUCCCUAUCAGCAGCCAGAAUGACCUCAGCAGGACCACGAGCACCAAGGCCCAGACCUGCCUGACUCUGCGUGGCCGCGCCAACGCACGUAGUUCAGAAAAGCAGCUGGGCUGCCCUUAAGGCUACCCCAGGGGAUGGGUGCAGACAGAACGAGGAGGAGACAAGGAAGGCACCGAGCAGGGCCCACAGACUCCAGAUAACAGACUCCGGCAGGGGGCGGCUCAUGAGCUGGACCCUCAGUGUCUCCUGGCUUAAAAGCAGAGUAAAGGAACCUGCCCCCCCAACCCCACACUCCCCGCGCCAAGGGAUAUCUGCCCUCAUUUUCUAAGUUCACCUUGAUUCUGAAGUUUUGUAAAAACCUUUUGCCAAGGAUUCCCAUCCAAUCCAUGGGUGAAGCAGUCCUCGAAGGCCCACCUCUGAGGCCAGUGAUCUGCAUCCUGGGUCUGGUGGGGCUGAGCCGGAGAGGGAAAAGUGUCCCUCAAAUCCUCCUUCCCUGGGACCAGGAGGGUCCACGCCCCUUCGGAAGCAGAGGUUCUGGCCAGAGUCUGGAUGCCGGGCAGCCGCCUCUGCUGGCCAGGAGGGGUCACUGUAGCCCUUGGUGUCCAGGCUGGAGGGACAGGAGAGCUACCACUCUGCCUAGAGAACAUAGGACUGCCAGUGGCCACCACGCAACUCAUCCUAAUCCCUGGUGAUAACCACAGAAUGGGGAGGUUUUCCAAUUUUGCCUCCAGAGCCUGAAAUAAAACAGUCAUUCAUUCCACACCACACACAGCGGGUCGGCAAAAUUCUCUCCGUACUGUGUGAGACGAUGCACCUUGGAGCCGCAAUCCAGUCUCGGAAACAGACUGGGACGAGCGCUGCGCUGCACCUGAAAGCGCAGCAGCCCCGGGGGGAGAGGGGAGGGGCCCAGGCUGGGCGAUCCCCUGCCCCCAGGACGGUCCUGAAGGCAGGCGGCAGCCACAAGGCAAGCAGGCUGCCUAUCGCUCAAGCCCGGUGUGGCGCAGGCUCGCUCCGGGCCCACAGCCCCUGCAAGAAUGCGAACGCUGUUUACCGAAAGCCUCCCUCCAAACAGAAACCCAGUGCCCGGCACAUUCCCCUGGCUCCCACCUCUGAUCCUCCACAGGACGAUUCAACAGCUGGCUUGAAGUCAGCGUUAACUGAUGUGCCGCUGCUCCAGGCAGCGUGGCCGUGGCCGCGGCUCCACCCCACUCCCCAACCUGUCUGGGCCGGAGACAGGGCCAGGGCUGCUCCAGGCUCAGAUGGGGUGCCCCAGCCCCGGAGCCCGGCCUCCCAGGACCGUGCGCCAACAUGACCAUCGGAGGCCCUCUGCAGGGAGACACGCAGGUCUGGAAUCCUGUUUGUCUCCCCUCACCCCCAACUCCCCGCCACCGCCUUGCCCCUGCCAGGGGUGAGGGCCAAGCCUGGGGCCAGGAGGCCUCCUCCCUGGACCUGAAGCACCAGUCCUCUCUUCAAGCACCUGAAGAUGUGCGGAGCGGGCCACGCCGGGCUGGGAGGUUUUAGAAAUCUGCCCCCGUAGACCCCAGGGGCAGGGGAGGAGUGCCCCGGGUAGAGAAACAGCAGCAGAUAGAAGAGGCAGCUUGGGGGAAAGGAAAGCAGCUGCAUCUCGGCCUUCCAGUAUUUUUUUACUCUCUGAAUUUUUGUGUUAUCUGAAUAAAGUAUAAAGUAAAACGUCGAGAAAAAAAUGAACUGAGAAAAUACAACCUUUUAAAGUGAGACUGAGGAGAGAACCGUGGUCCCAGGACACACACGGGGCAAGCACGGGCCCCGCUCGGCCGCUCAAGCCUCCACCCUGUGCUCCUGCCUGCUCGCUCUCCUUCCCCCACGAGCCCCUCUGCCUGGCUGGACCAGUGGAGUCUGCACCAGCACGUCCCACCCCGAGACUGAUCCGCCUGGGGCCAGGUCAGGGUCUAAAGGGAUCUGAGCCCAGAGGGUCACACAGGAGGGAUCCUAACCCAGAGGGUCACUCAGGAGAGACCCCGCCCCUGGCGGCAGCCCUGGGGGCCGUCCUGCGAGGCUCCUGUCCCCGUGGGACACAGCUGGUGGCCUGGGGCCUCGGGGCUCUCGGCAGGCUCCUGGGUGGGCACAGCAAGUCCCGCCACCAGUCACCAAGACCACCGCGUGUCCGCAGGUGCACGCCAGGAGUGUCGGGGAGACGGAGUCACAGCCUGUCUGAGGCUCUGUCCGCCCUGCACGGCCCAGGCAGCAAGCCUGGGUGCCCCCACUAUGAGUGCUGCCCCUCCGCCCCCGCUGACUCCAGAACCCCGUGCUCCGCGACAGACAGUAGGCACAGAAUCUACCCCGGUGUCCGGCGGCCAUGAGGCCCUGGCCCCAAGGCCGCCUCCGGCCCCCACAUAUGGACGAGCAUAGGCACAUCCCACCACGCUGACCCCACCACGGCCCUCGGACCCGACGGAGGGUGAAAGGGCUGCCUCAUUAGCACCAGGCUUCCAAGCCUUCGAUAACCACCCAUGACCCCAAACACACACCCCUGGGCAGGUAACCAAGGACGGAUCAGAGCGCCCCCAAGUCCCUGCGAGAGGCCCCAGGAUCCCAGCUGGAGAGGACCACCCGUGGCCCCUAGUGACCCCAGGU